AGGAAACUCAGAUAUGUCGACACAGGGCAACAUUCCGGACGAGUUCAAUGUCAGCCGCCGAAUAGUGGAGACUAUUUUCUCACGUUUCAAAAUUAUGACCGCUGCUAAGGUGCGGCUGGUGCGCAAGACCCCAGACACACCGGAACACACACUGUGCCGCAUACUACACGCAGGCAGAGAUGAGCAGUUCGACAAGGUGCUGGUGGCACUCAGCACGGUCUCACGCCACUGCUUGAAACAGGU